ACCGCCACCAGGUGAAAGUAAUUUCCUUGAUUGAACUGCAACAGUCAGUGAGAAUAAAAGCACAACUGGGACAACUCACUAUUCAGUCAUGAUGGCUUUCUUUUGGUAUCAUGAGCUCCUUCUCUGGUUGGUGGCUGUUGGGUUGGCUGCUGCAGAUUUGAAACUAGACUGUGGGCCGGACUACGUGACCUUAGUUUGGUCAGACAGCAGAUCCCAGGCUGAUGCGUCGCUGUUUCGUCUUGGUAGCUGCUUCCCCACCACCUUUACAACACAGGAAGUGGUCUUCAAUGUGGAACUUGACAACUGCAACUUCAGGAGGCUGGUCUCAGGCAAUGAACUGAACUACACAAAUGACCUGUUCUACAUGUCAUCUCGUGACUCUUAUGUCCUUCCUUUUACUCUUCCAGUGGUCUGUUCAUAUCAAAGGCCCAAAGACUGGUACCCAAUACUCUAUGAUCCGGUGUCCUCUACAUAUGGAGUUGAAGACUUGGUAUUCUAUAUUGAACUUAUGAAUGCUGACUUUUCGGGCCCUGCUGAAACGGCUACCUUUCCCCUGGGUUCCAUGAUCCCCAUCAUGGCUAGUGUUGAGGCAGUAGCCCAUCAACCCUUGCUGCUUCUGCUUGAAGAAUGUGUUGCCGCAACCACAUCAGACCUCGAGAUUGCUGUUGAAACUUACACCAUAAUCACCAAUAAGGGGUGUCUUGUAGACAGUAAAAUCAGCCACUCAAAAUUCGAACAAAGACAGAAGGCCUCAGAACUCCGGCUAUUGCUUCAGGCAUUUAGGUUUGGGCUUGGACAAGAGGUAUACAUCCACUGCACCAUGGUUGCUUGGGAUCCCAAUGGUCUUGGCAGCACCAAGAAGGCCUGUCAUUAUGUGAAGGAUCAUGGUUGGGAGUUACUGGAUAACCCUGUGUAUAGUAGCAUAUGUGACUGCUGUGACUCUUCCUGCAAGACCAGAAGAGCAAGAAGCCCAGGAGCAGGCAAUGGUUUGUUCCAGAAGGCAGUGAUUGGCCCACUUACCAUUCCUGACUUGGCUUAACAUGUGAUGCUCUGACUGGAACUUCUGGAGAGUCCUUGAAGAAUGUGGAAUCUAUAAAUACUUUACAAAUGAGGAAAAGUCUCUUUAUAUUAACUUAAAGUUUGGAUUAAAGCCUGACACCAAAACUAGGAAGGAUACAAUAGCCAAGUUGACUAUAAGUAUCUUGUUUGUGUGGUUUUUUUUUUUAGGAUGGGGGAGGGGUCAAAUGGCUUUUAUGCAGAAGGUUUACGCUCAUGUUUUCCAUAAGCAUAACUAGACAAACCUUGACCUGAGAGCUCAUGGAAAGCCUGAGAAAA